ACUGUCAGAUUUUUAACUUUUCUGUUGCUAGUCUGUGAACUUCAAAUGCAAGGUUCCUCUGCAGUGACUGAUGUAUUUGUGAAAACUGGAGAUAAUUUAAUUCUUAAUCUCACAGAAGCUGAAAUUCCACCAAAUUCUCGCUUUUGUUUAUGGCAAUUUAAAGAUGAUACACUGGUAGAGUUUUCACUUGUUUCCCAACCAAAUGUUGUUAACAAUCGCUCUGGAAAAGUUGAAGUUUUAGAAAAAGGUUACAGUGUGAAAUUAAAGGAUCUACAGAAGUCACACAGUGGUAUUUAUACUGCAAAGGUAGUAUCACCUAAAGAGCAAAUACUGACUCAAUACAACGUUACAGUUCAAGAUCCAGUGUCUCCAGUUGAUCUCAGCUUUACCUGCUCAUUCAGCUCCUCCUCCUAUAACCUGACAGCGACCUGCAGGACAGACAACGUUUUUAUCAGCAUCUCUCUGAGAUGUAAAAACCAAACCUGCAACCAGGAAGAAGCAGAGAGAAGAUCUGUCACCAAAUCUGGCUCUUCUCUUCAUAUCUAUCACUUACAAGAAUCAAUCAUCUGUAACCAUAGCAACCAGAUCAGCAAGGCUGAAUGCAAAGAAAAGAUUGAGGAUUACUGUAUCCAACAACAUGAACCCAGAAAAUCUUACUGGUUUAUGAUAUUGAUCCUGUUGGUUCUUCUAACCUGUUUAAUUUAUAUUGGUUAUCGUAAAUGCAAGAAAGGUGACAAAGACAACUUUGACAACCCAAUAUAUUUUCAUCUUGUGGUAAAAGAUCAAACUGAAACAUUGAAUGAUACGGCUGCGAACUCCACCGACAGCACAGUGGGGCCUUCUGCGACUACGGGAGCCACCAAUACUAGAAGCAGUGACCAAAGAGACGAUGUGUAUGCACAGAUAUAUAAAAAAAACUUCUAAAUGACUGAACUGGUGACUUUGAAAAGAACUGGAAGUAUGAUGUGGUGAGAUGCCAUUUAUCAUGUGAAAAGGCAGGCUGCUGUAUUUCACACACUCUGUAGAUGGUAUAGACAUGGUCCAGUUACUGAUCUCAGGGUUUUAAAAAGCUACGGUUUAAAAUAUGUGAAGAAUUUAAGUGAUUACCCUAGAAAGGGUUUGAAGCAGAGCAGCCAGAUAAUUUACCAGCUAAUGUUAGCUUUCAGCUGUGGAAUUUCUCUGUAAUUGUGUAAAUGUUUACUAGUAUAGCUUUCAGUCUUGCUAUGGAGAAGGAGGCCCUAUAAAUAUAAUCACCAGCACCACAUGAUGACAUGCUUCCUGUAAAGAGCAUGCAUUGCUAAAUAUACAGUCCUGUGCAAUAGUUUUAUUAUAGGAUGGAGCUUUGUAACUAUAUCUCAUCCAAUGGUGUCCGAAGGAAUCAUGCACAAAAUCCAAAGUUUGUGUUUUGCACAGAUC